ACAAACAGACAGACAGAUUCUCAAAAAACUUGUAGAAACUGUUCAGUUCCUUCACGUCUUCAACCCUGAGAAGUCACAGAUUUUCCCAAAAAUCCUCUGCGAGAAAUUGACACCAUAGAUAUUGCUUCUGGGAUUUUCUUCGAAUAGAUUGGUGGUCAGAAGUUCUGAAAUGAGCAAUCUGAGAACGAUCUGUAGGCCACACGGGGUGUUCUUCUCCUCCUCCAUUUGUUGCAGACACCAAGUUCGUUCUAUUGUUUCCUUUCGAAACCCUAACACCAAACCUCGCUAUUCUCUGCCGUCUUUCUUCUCUCCGCUCAUCGAUUCCUCGCCUUCCAAUGGAACUGAGCGUUGGUUUCGCGUGAAUCAGAGGAGGACUUUGGUUAAGGCCGCGAAUUGGACUGAGCCCAAAUCUCCUUACGAAACUCUUGAAUUAGAAAGGGAUGCCGAUGAGGAGGAGAUAAAGGUUGCAUACAGACGUUUGGCCAAAUAUUAUCAUCCAGAUGUCUACGAUGGUAGAGGGACCCUUGAGGAGGGGGAAACUGCGGAAGCUAGAUUUAUUAAGAUUCAAGCUGCUUAUGAGUUGCUCAUAGAUGAAGAGCAACGCAGAAAAUAUGAUAUGGAUAACAGGGUCAACCCAAUGAAGGCGUCACAAGCUUGGAUGGAGUGGCUUAUAAAGAAGCGAAAAGCUUUCGAUCAGCAGGGUGACAUGGCAAUAGCAGCUUGGGCCGAGCAACAGCAGAGAGAGAUGAAUCUUCGCGCGCGUCGUCUUUCUCGUUCAAAGGUUGAUCCAGAAGAAGAGAAGAGAAUCCUGGCAAGAGAGAAAAAGGCGUCAGCAGAAUAUUUCCACAGCACACUUAAACGGCACACUCUCGUCUUGAAGAAAAGAGACUUGAUGCGAAGAAAAGCGGAGGAAGAGAAGAAAAAGGUCAUUAGCCAGCUUUUAGCAGCAGAAGGCCUUGAGCUUGACACAGAAGAUGAAUAAUUAGACGCUGCUCUACUC